AGGAAAUCUCGCCGGAGCGAUGGAGGCACCGCGGAGGAAGAACGCAGAUUUCCAGAGAUGCUUGCAAUCAGAUGGUGUGGGUGAUGCCGAGGCGGAUCCGGUUCGACUCAGCGAUUCUCGGGUCCGGAAAGAAUACGAAGAGACGAUCGGGAAACUCAAGGAUCGAAUCAACGAGCUCUCGGGAGUCGUCGCCAGCGACCGCGAAAAGCUCGUAGAAUGCGACGCAGUCAAACGCAAGUUGGUCGCACUCGAUGCGAAGUUGAUCAACCAGAGCUUGCAGCUCGAAAAAGCGACUAAGGAGAUCGCGGCGCUGCGGAAGGUGAACGAAGACAUCCGAGUUGAGAAUUCCAGUCUCCUGAGAAUUUACGAGCACGAAGUGAGGCGCGCAGACUUUCUCCAAGGCCUUUGCAUCGACCUCGACGAGGAGAAUAAGGGGCUUCACGAAAAACAGGGACAGUCAUCCUACGUGGGAACGCCAGAUGUUCCCAGUAGGGUCGAAACCCGAUCACCUUCUCUCCCCGACGCGAGUUACCUGCAGGAAUCAUCUUCGCUAUCCACUUCCGCGCCGGCUGAAUCCUUCUACCAGGACGACCAACUGAGACGACGGAGUCGUCGUACCUUGGAACACCUGACUGAACUCAUGUGCGAGCGUAGGCGUCGCGGCGGUGAAGAUAUCACACCUCGUUGAACCAGUUUUAGCGAUACGGGGUAGAUUUUCGACGGCGCUCAGAUUUCUGAGGAUUCUCGCUACGUUUGAUUCCAUCGAGGAACGACGCAUCCCGCGGAAUCAAGCGGCGGUGUCGGCUACCGGUGGAUUCUAGCAGCGUCGGUGGAUUAUGCUUCACUCUCCCACGAUGAAAAUAUAUCUCGUCGUGUGCAAACUGUAUGCAGGAGCACCCUCGCGAAAGAGUGACUUUGUAACAUCUAGAAAUAAAACGAGUAGUACUU